CCCGUGGAGGUGCUGCUCCUGUUGAGCGCCGCGGACCUCCAGCGGCUCCUCGCGGGGUCCCAGAGCCUGGAUUUGGACGACUGGAAGCGGCACACGAAGUACAAGGGCGCCUACGAGGCCGCGGGCGCGGACCACGCCGUCGUCGCGUGGUUCUGGGCCGCCGUGGCGACGUACGACGACGACCGGCGGCGCCGCCUCCUCCAGUGGUGCACGGGCUCGAACCGCAUCCCCCUCCAGGGCUUCUCCCACCUCCAGUCCCGCGACGGCGCGCGCCGCGCCUUCACGAUCACGUCCGUCGACCGCGACCAGGCCCGCUACCCGCGCGCGCACACGUGCUUCCACCGCGUCGACCUCCCGCUCUAC